GUCUUCUCCCCCAAGUCAGCCACUCGAUAGCGCGAGCCCUACACGCGCUACAACCCGUGGGGCAGAGAGACCUGGCGCUCACCCCUCGAGCUCGCCUCGUGCUGACGUUUGUUCAGGCCUUUAAACGUGUCUGUCCCUGCGCAGGAGGGAACACACUUUGUAGCAGUCACUUUGCCCGAAGGGAGACGCAUCUCUGCUCUCGUAGGUGGCAGCUCCGACUCCCCGCUCUUGCUGGCGCGGCGUUUGUCCCUGUCCUCUUUGCACCGCGUCCCCGCCAGCCUCUCUAGCGGGAGGCGCAUCUGGUGCUGGCAUCCCGGGUCUGAACCAACAGGACUCCCCGUGCCUGGUGCUGUUCCGGUGGAGUCGAAGAUCAGAGAUCGCGAGGUGCGCUCGGGGAUCACGCAAGGAGCCGGGAGCUUCCUCUCCCUGAUGCUGGUGGCGUGUGUGUGUGUGUGCAGGGGGGGCGGUUUUUCUCAGAGGUGGUGAAAGCAUCCUCCUGGCACCUGCAACUUGUUUUGGUUUCUUCUCAUUCCUCUGGGUGCGAUUACAGCAUCAAAGUUUUUCUCUCUUAUCCGAGAAAUCUAUGCUUUUAAUACAUCCUCCUCGCUCGCGCUAUCUCCGUGGGGCCUCCUCGCUUUGCGGUGAGUGGAUAGCGGGGCGCGCAGCGUGGCAGUGGUGGCGGCGGAGACCGGCGCGAUCGGAAGGGAAGGAGCUGCUGCCGGGGGCUCCCUGGGUGACCCGUUUGCCAGGCGGAAGAGCUGGGUAAGGGCGCAGAAGAGAAGCCGAAACCUUCUGGGACGUUGGUGCCAGACCCUGGAUUUUAAUCACUAGCUUGGUUGCGCGUCUCAGUCCCUUUUUCUCAAUUGGUAACUAGUGGAGAGCGAAGCGCUUGGCAGGAGCGCUCUGCGGGACCUAAGCUCCGGGCUGCUCGGAUCCGUGCGCCCGCUGCUGCGGAAGAGCAGAGGCGAGGACGCCCGCGGCUGCUUCCUGGAGCCUGGAGGAAAAUGGAAAUAUCAUUCACCAGAAAGAACUGAAGUUCUCAGACCCAGCGGAUGACAGAAGGACAACACCAGAGGAAAUUUACAUUGACAUGUUUCUAAGUAUUAUUCUCAAGACCUAGGAAUAAGGCACACUGAUGAACACAGUUGUAAUUUAUUAAGGAAAAUGCUACAGAUUAAGAUCAUCCUUGAGUGGAUUUUGACAGAAGAUGUUUCAACAGUUUUGUCUCUGGAAACGUUUGGCUUCAGCGUUCAUUCUUGGCUGUCUCUUCCCAAUCUGUGUGGGCCAGUAUGAUGAUGAUUGCAAACUAGCUAGGGGAGGACCACCAGCUACCAUAGUUGCUAUAGAUGAAGAAAGUCGGAAUGGUACAAUUCUGGUGGACAACAUGCUGAUCAAAGGGACUGCUGGAGGACCAGACCCCACCAUAGAACUCUCUUUAAAGGACAACGUGGAUUACUGGGUGUUGUUGGAUCCUGUUAAACAGAUGCUUUUCCUCAACAGCACCGGCAGAGUUCUGGAUAGAGAUCCACCAAUGAAUAUACACUCCAUUGUAGUGCAAGUCCAGUGCAUCAACAAAAAGGUGGGCACUGUCAUCUACCAUGAAGUGCGGAUUGUGGUGAGAGACAGAAAUGACAAUUCCCCCACGUUCAAGCACGAAAGCUACUAUGCUACAGUGAAUGAGCUUACCCCAGUUGGCACCACAAUAUUUACAGGAUUUUCAGGAGACAAUGGAGCUACUGACAUAGAUGAUGGCCCAAAUGGACAGAUAGAAUACGUUAUUCAAUAUAAUCCAGAUGAUCCGACAUCCAAUGACACCUUUGAAAUUCCCCUCAUGUUGACUGGAAAUGUAGUGUUGAGAAAAAGGCUCAACUAUGAAGAUAAGACUCGUUACUUCGUGAUUGUCCAAGCCAAUGACCGUGCACAAAAUCUGAACGAGCGGCGAACAACCACAACCACCCUCACCGUGGAUGUCCUGGACGGCGAUGACUUGGGUCCCAUGUUCCUUCCCUGUGUCCUUGUGCCAAACACUCGGGAUUGUCGUCCACUCACCUACCAGGCUGCCAUUCCUGAGUUAAGAACUCCGGAAGAACUGAACCCCAUUGUUGUUACCCCCCCAAUCCAAGCCAUUGAUCAGGACCGGAAUAUUCAGCCACCAUCAGAUAGGCCAGGAAUCCUGUAUUCCAUCCUUGUUGGGACUCCUGAGGAUUACCCUCGAUUUUUCCACAUGCAUCCUAGGACUGCAGAACUCAGUCUCCUGGAGCCAGUGAACAGAGACUUUCAUCAGAAAUUUGAUUUAGUUAUUAAGGCCGAACAGGACAAUGGCCAUCCUCUUCCCGCCUUUGCCAGUCUGCAUAUUGAAAUACUCGAUGAAAACAAUCAGAGCCCAUACUUCACGAUGCCCAGUUAUCAAGGUUAUAUCCUGGAAUCUGCCCCAGUGGGAGCAACCAUUUCUGACAGUCUAAAUUUGACCAGUCCUCUAAGAAUUGUAGCUCUGGACAAAGACAUAGAAGAUACGAAAGACCCAGAGCUCCACCUUUUUCUGAAUGAUUACACCUCCGUGUUCACGGUUACACAGACGGGCAUCACUCGCUACCUCACCUUACUUCAGCCAGUGGACAGGGAAGAGCAGCAGACGUACACCUUUUCGAUAACAGCAUUUGAUGGCGUACAGGAAAGCGAGCCAGUUGUCAUCAAUAUUCGAGUGAUGGAUGCAAAUGAUAACACUCCAACCUUCCCUGAAAUAUCUUAUGAUGUCUAUGUUUACACAGAUAUGAGCCCUGGGGACAGUGUCAUCCAGCUCACUGCAGUCGACGCCGACGAAGGGUCAAAUGGGCAGAUCACAUAUGAAAUCCUGGUUGGGGCUCAGGGCGACUUCAUCAUCAAUAAAACAACAGGGCUUAUCACCAUCGCUCCGGGGGUGGAACUGAUAGUCGGGCGGACUUAUGCACUCACUGUCCAAGCAGCGGACAAUGCUCCUCCAGCAGAGAGAAGGCACUCCAUCUGCACUGUGUACAUUGAAGUUCUUCCUCCAAAUAAUCAGAGUCCUCCUCGCUUCCCACAGCUGAUGUACAGCCUUGAAAUUAGUGAAGCAAUGAGGAUUGGUGCUGUCUUAUUAAAUCUACAGGCAACUGAUAGAGAAGGAGACCCAAUAACAUAUGCCAUUGAAAAUGGAGAUCCUCAACGAGUUUUUAAUCUUUCAGAAACGACUGGGAUUCUAACGUUAGGAAAAGCACUGGACAGGGAAAGCACUGAUCGCUACAUUCUGAUUGUCACGGCUUCAGAUGGCAGGCCAGAUGGGACUUCCACUGCCACAGUAAAUGUGGUGGUGACAGAUGUUAAUGACAAUGCCCCAGUGUUCGAUCCCUAUCUGCCUAGAAAUCUGUCUGUGGUGGAAGAAGAAGCCAAUGCCUUUGUGGGUCAAGUAAGGGCAACAGACCCAGAUGCUGGAAUAAAUGGCCAAGUGCACUACAGUUUGGGCAACUUCAAUAAUCUUUUUCGCAUCACAUCAAAUGGGAGUAUUUACACAGCUGUAAAGCUAAACAGGGAAGUCAGGGAUUACUAUGAACUUGUUGUUGUGGCAACUGAUGGAGCAGUCCACCCUCGUCAUUCAACUCUGACCCUGGCCAUCAAGGUUUUGGAUAUUGAUGAUAAUAGUCCUGUAUUCACCAAUUCAACAUACACUGUUGUUGUGGAAGAGAAUCUGCCAGCUGGUACAACAUUCCUUCAAAUAGAGGCCAAAGAUGUUGACCUUGGAGCAAAUGUGUCUUAUCGGAUAAGAAGCCCAGAAGUGAAGCACUUUUUUGCACUACAUCCAUUUACAGGAGAACUAUCACUUUUACGGAGUUUGGAUUAUGAAGCAUUUCCAGACCAGGAAGCGACCAUCACUUUUCUGGUGGAGGCUUUUGAUAUUUAUGGAACAAUGCCACCUGGUAUUGCUACUGUCACAGUGGUAGUAAAGGACAUGAAUGAUUAUCCUCCUGUGUUUAGUAAGCGAAUCUACAAAGGCAUGGUGGCCCCAGAUGCGGUUAAGGGAACACCUAUCACAACGGUUUAUGCUGAAGACGCAGACCCUCCUGGGUUACCUGCAAGUCGAGUGAGGUAUAGAGUAGAUGACGUCCAGUUCCCUUACCCAGCUAGUAUUUUUGAUGUGGAAGAAAAUUCUGGAAGAGUAAUAACUCGAGUCAAUCUUAACGAGGAACCAACCACAAUUUUUAAGUUGGUGGUUGUCGCAUUUGAUGAUGGUGAGCCUGUGAUGUCCAGCAGUGCCACAGUGAAAAUUCUUGUCUUACAUCCUGGGGAGAUCCCACGCUUCACACAAGAGGAAUAUAGACCUCCUCCAGUAAGUGAACUUGCAACCAGAGGCACCAUGGUUGGUGUCAUUUCUGCUGCUGCCAUCAACCAGAGUAUUGUUUACUCCAUUGUUUCAGGAAAUGAGGAAGAUAAGUUUGGGAUUAAUAACAUCACAGGUGUUAUCUAUGUGAAUGCCCCUCUGGAUUAUGAGACAAGGACCAGCUAUGUACUUCGAGUUCAAGCUGAUUCCCUGGAAGUGGUCCUUGCAAACCUCAGAGUUCCUUCAAAAAGCAAUACAGCUAAAGUCUACAUUGAGAUUCAGGAUGAAAAUGAUCAUCCUCCAGUGUUUCAGAAGAAAUUCUACAUUGGAGGUGUAUCUGAAGACGCAAGAAUGUUUGCUUCUGUGCUUAGAGUGAAGGCUACUGAUAAAGAUACUGGCAAUUAUAGUGCUAUGGCAUAUAGACUCAUCAUACCACCGAUUAAAGAGGGGAAAGAAGGAUUUGUGGUGGAAACAUACACUGGGCUUAUCAAGACUGCGAUGCUUUUCCACAAUAUGAGGAGGUCCUACUUCAAGUUUCAAGUUGUUGCAACUGACGACUAUGGGAAGGGACUGAGUGGCAAAGCAGAUGUCCUUGUCUCUGUGGUCAAUCAAUUGGACAUGCAAGUCAUCGUUUCUAAUGUUCCCCCUACUCUAGUGGAAAAGAAGAUAGAAGAUCUUACAGAAAUUUUGGAUCGCUACGUGCAGGAGCAAAUUCCUGGUGCCAAGGUUGUGGUGGAGUCCAUUGGUGCUCGACGGCAUGGAGAUGCAUUUUCUCUAGAAGAUUAUACCAAGUGCGACUUAACUGUCUAUGCAAUCGACCCGCAAACCAACAGAGCGAUUGACAGAAAUGAGCUAUUCAAAUUUUUGGAUGGCAAACUGCUGGAUAUCAAUAAAGAUUUUCAGCCAUUUUAUGGGGAAGGAGGACGCAUUCUGGAGAUCCGGACUCCAGAGGCAGUGACCAGCAUUAAAAAGCGAGGAGAAAGUCUAGGAUACACAGAAGGAGCCUUACUGGCUCUGGCCUUCAUCAUCAUCCUCUGCUGUAUUCCUGCCAUCCUGGUGGUCUUGGUCAGCUACCGACAACGCCAAGCCGAGUGCACCAAGACAGCAAGAAUUCAAUCUGCUCUACCCGCGGCUAAACCGGCAGCGCCCGCCCCCGCCCCAGUGGCAGCGCCCCCGCCGCCGCCUCCGCCACCAGGAGCGCACCUCUAUGAAGAACUCGGAGACAGCACAAUGAGAGGUUAUGCAUCAGAGCAACAACAACUACUGAGGCCUUCUCUUCUUAAACCAGAGGAGUUAUCCAUGGAGUCUGGAAUUGAUCCUGGCCAAGAAUUUGGACAAGAUUAUUACAGUUAUGAGCAUGGGUAUGAAAUGCCUCAAUAUGGAAGCCGCCGUCGAUUGUUGCCACCUGCUGGACAGGAGGAAUAUGGUGAAGUGGUUGGUGAAGCUGAGGAAGAGUACGAAGAAGAGGAGGAAAUCCCCAAGAAAAUUAAAAAACCAAAGGUUGAAAUUAGAGAGCCUAGUGAGGAGGAAGAAGUAGUUGUAACUAUUGAAAAACCACCGCCCGCUGAACCCACAUACACAACGUGGAAACGGGCCCGGAUAUUCCCCAUGAUUUUUAAGAAAGUUCGCGGACUCGCUGAGAAAAGAGGCGUUGUGGACCUCGAGGGUGAAGAGUGGCAGAGGCGCCUUGAGGAAGAAGAGAAGGAUUAUCUGAAACUAACUCUAGACCAAGACGAAGCUACCGAAAGCACGGUAGAGUCAGAAGAGGAGUCCUCCAGCGACUACACUGAAUACAGCGAGGAAGAAUCCGAGUUCAGCGAGUCGGAGACCACGGAGGAGGAGUCGGAGUCCGAGACCCCCUCUGAGGAGGAGGCGGAGGAGAGUUCCACCCCCGAAUCAGAAGAAUCCGAGUCCACAGAAUCGGAAGGGGAAAAAGCGAGGAAGAACAUUUUUCUCGCUAGAAGGCGGCCCGUCGUGGAGGAGGUCAAGGCGGUCAAGGGUAGGAAAGAGGAGCCGCCCCAGGAACGUGAAGCUGCAGCCGCGGCGGAAGGAGAACAGCCGGAAGAAGAGGAGGAGGAGGAGAGUGAAGCGGCCCCCGCGGAGGAAUCCACAGAGCCUGGAGCGGGCGGCGGCCCGGAGGAGGGCAGUGCCGAGUCGGCGUCGGUGGAAGGCGCCGUGGAGAGCGAGGAGGAGUCAGAACUGAGCGGUAGCAGCAGCAGUAGCGAGAGUCAGUCUGGGGGUCCCUGGGGCUUUCAGGUGCCAGAGUACGCCAGAAGCAAGCAGUCCCACCCAAGGACUUCUCCGGGAGCGAGCUCUGAAGGUUACAACACGGCCCUUUAACAGAGAUCACAGUAGUGGGCAAGAAAAAGAAUGAUCAAGCUCAUUGUUGACCGGGACUAUGAAAGCAGCUCCACUGGAGAGGACAGCGCUCCCGAAUGUCAGAGAAGCCGUCUGCACAAUGCUAACAUCCACAGUAACAUCAACGGCAACAUCUAUAUCGC